CCUCAGAGGGUACCGUUGCCAUGGAGGAGCUGGUGAAACACCUGUCCAGGUGUCAACACAUGGGCUGGAUGAAUGUGAUUGAGUUGAAAAGCGCCUCCAUCAAUUGGCUGUCGUUUGGUCGGAAGGCGGAGCCUGACAUCUGGAGUAGAAUGUUCUGCAUCCUGUCUGAUUCUCAGUUAUUGAUGCUGAGCAACCUGGAGGUUCAUCCUCUUCUUCUGGCUGAGAGGGCGGAGCUUUGUGCUGUCUGGUUACUGAGAUACUCUCUACAUGUGACAUCAUCACCUCCUGGCCCUGCCCACAAAGAUGUUCCUGAGAGACGAGUCAGAAGACUGAGCAUGCCCAGUAGCUCUGCUGUGGACACGCCCACCUCCAGAGUGACGGGUUUCUUCUCCCGGAGGUUGAAGCAGUCUCUGAGGAGGACUCGCUCUCAGCCCAAACUGUCCCGAUCAAGCAGCGUGAAGACGGACCUGGUCCAGGCCGCCGACUCCAGGUGUGUGAUGCGGCGGCUUCGCUGUGGGAGUCAGGAGUCGUUGCUAAGCGCCGGCGGUGUGUCAUCCCUGGAGCUCAGGAUGGACCAAUCAGUGAUCAUCAAACCAGUUCACUCCUCCCUACUGGGACAGGACUACUGCUUCGAGGUAACGACCACGACAGGAACAAAAUGUUUCUCGUGUCGUUCAGCAGCAGAGAGAGAUAAAUGGAUGGAGAACCUCAGAAGAGCCGUGCAUCCCAACAAAGACAACAGCAGGAGGGUGGAGAACGUCCUGACGGUGUGGGUGGUGGAAGCCAAAGACCUGCCAGCAAAGAAGAGGUACUUCUGUGAGCUGUGUCUGGAUGACAGUCUUUAUGCCCGGACGUCCUGUAAGCUGAAGACUGACAACAUAUUUUGGGGAGAACGUUUCGACUUCAGCAGCUUGCCGUCCAUCGCCUCCAUCACUCUUCAUCUCUACAAAGACACUGACAGGAAGAGGAAAAAAGACAAGAGCAGCUACGUCGGGUUGGUCAACAUUCCCGUUGCCAUGGUGACCGGCAGACAGCUGGUGGAGAAGUGGUACUCAGUAAGCACGCCCAGUACCAUCCGAGGUAAGUCGUCUGUGCCGACGGUGCGUGUCAAAGCUCGGUAUCAGAGUAUUGUCAUCCUGCCGAUGGAGCAGUACAAAGAGUUUGCAGAGUACAUCAGCUCCAACUACCUGCUGCUCUGCAACACUCUGGAAGCCUCCAUCAGUCUGAGAGCUAAAGAAGAGCUUGCUGCUGCGCUCGUCCACAUUCUGCACAGCACGGGGAAGGCCAAGGACUUCUUGACAGACCUGAUGAUGUCGGAGGUGGACCGUUGCCGUGACAAUGACCAGCUGAUCUUCAGAGAGAACACGCUGGCAACAAAGAGCAUUGAAGAAUACCUAAAACUGAUUGGACAGAAGUACCUGCAGGACGCCCUUGGUGAGUUCAUUAAAGCUCUAUACGAGUCAGAUGAGAACUGUGAGGUCGACCCAUCCCGCUGUGCGACCUCUGACCUCGCAGAGCAUCAGGCCAACCUGAGGAUGUGCUGUGAACUCGCCUUCUGCAAGAUCCUUGACUCGUACAGGGUCUUCCCCCGGGAGCUGAAGGAGGUGUUUGCGUCAUGGCGACAGGAGUGCGGUAACCGUGGGCGACCAGACAUAAGCGAGCGUCUCAUCAGCGCCUCGUUGUUCCUGCGCUUCCUGUGUCCGGCUGUAAUGUCGCCGUCGCUGUUCGACCUGAUGCAGGAGUACCCCGACGAACGCUCUGCUAGAACUCUGACCCUCAUUGCCAAAGUCAUCCAGAACCUCGCCAACUUCAGCAAGUUCGGGACUAAAGAGGAGUACAUGCUGUUCAUGAAUGACUUUGUGGAGCGGCAGUGGAGCAGCAUGCAGCGUUUCCUGCAGGAGAUCUCAAAUCCAGACGGACUGAACCACACCGCCGGCUUCGACGGAUACAUCGACCUAGGCCGAGAGCUGUCCAGCCUGCACACCCUGCUGACCGAGCUGGACCAGUCGUGCCUGUCCAAGCUAGGUCCUCUUCCUCGGAUCAUCAGAGAAGUGUCUGCGGCUCUGGCUAACCCUGGAGGCAUGGUUAAUCCAGGGGGCGUGUCCGUGUCGUCUCCAGAGCCUCAGCGUAUGGUGUCCCCGCCCCCUCUGUCUCCGCCCCCUCUGUCCCCACCCCUGUCUCCUCCUCUGGCGGCCUGUAAUCCCUCUAUUGGCCUGCAGGGUGGCGUCGGACUGGAUGGAGGUUUGGUGGACUUCACCAGACUCCCGUCUCCGACUCCAGAGAACAAAGACUUGUUCUUCGUCACCAAAGGAUCCAGUCUGCAGCCGGCAUCAGGCCUGCAGGGCUCUCCGGCGGCGAGCUCGUCGUACUCUGAGCCCAACGACAAUGAGGCUGCUUAUGAGAUGACCAAUGGGGGCAGGAGGGAGGGGCCGGAACUGACCAAUGAGAGCCGCAGCCUGUCUCUGGUGGACCUGCAGGAUUCCUCCCCGAGCGACGGCCUUGACGACAGCCAAUGGCAGCGCAGGACGGGGCUCCUCCCCCUCUCCUUCCAGAACCCCGUGUAUCACAUGACCACCACGUCGCCACGGCAACCGCAGCAUCCGACAGACGCCACGCCCUCGGACGGCUCGGCAGGAUCGCAGGGAAAUGCCGAGGACAGGAACGCCAUGGCAACCAAACCGGCGUUUCUUACCCAGAUGUCUGUGGGGCUGGGAGGGGGGGAGGGGGAGAGGAUGUCGGCCAUGUCCAGCAGCAGCAGUGGAGAGGAAUACUCACGACGAGCUCUGUCCGAGACAAUCACAGGUAGCUCCGCCCCUUCUCGUCAGACCUCCUCAGGUCCUCAGAGACGCAUCGACCAGCCCCCCCCCUCCUCCGCUCCUCCUGGACCUCCUCGAGGUCGGACUCCUCCCAGCAUGCUGAGCGGGGGAGGCCCCGCCUACCCUACUCGCCCCGCCUCCGGCAGCAUGAUGUCAUCGAGUCCUGAUUGGCCGAGCAGUGGCCAGUCGCGGCUCAGACAGACGUCAUCGUCGUCUAAAGGAGACAGCCCCGAGAAACAGAGACCGGCUGCCAAGGCUCCGUCUCCCUGUGCGUUGGACCGGACGGCCGCCUGGCUGCUCAACAUGAACUCCGCCUCCUCCUAUGGCGAGACGGAGGACGAUCGUCAUGACGACGCCCUCAUAGAGAAGUACCAGCAGGAGAUUGCGUUGCUGCAGGAGAAGUUGCGAGUUGCAGCGAUGCGUCAGGACGAGUGUGAAGCCCGACUGCUGGUCCAGGAUCAGCAGAACCAGCGCAUGCUGCAGGAGUACCAGGUGCGGUUGGAGGACACAGAGAGCAGACUGAGGCGUUUGCAGGACGAUAAAGAUCUCCAGAUGAACAGCAUCAUCAGCAGGUUGAUGGCCGUAGAGGAGGAGCUGAAGAAGGAUCACUCUGACAUGCAGGCUGUGGUAGACUCCAAGCAGAAGAUCAUAGAGGCCCAGGAGAAGAGGAUCUCCAGUCUGGAUGCAGCUAACAGUCGUCUGAUGGCGGCUCUGACUCAGCUGAAGGAGCGUUACGCUGUGACAUCACAGAGGAACGGCCUGUCUCCUAGCAACACGUCGUCUCUGCAGAUCACAGAGAACGGAGAGUUCCGGAACUCCGGCAACUGCUGAUUGGCUCUGGCUGCAGGCAGGGGGAGGGGCUAACCCAUUUACCUUGCUUUUGAACACCCAAUCACAGACCUCUGAAUCGACUCUCACCUCAUACAGAGGUGGAUCUGACCUCUGACCCUGUUGCUAGGUUACCCCUCACUCCCUGUUUUGUUUUUGCAUGUUUCCUUUUUGAACACCUCAUGAAGUCUGGCAUCAUAUCCUGUUUAUGUUCUGCUGCUUCCUGAAACUUCCAACAAACCGCACGUCUUUAUUUAAGCUCAACUCCACCUGUAUAUGGCUCUGGUCUGACUGGUGUAACUGGAACAACUCCACCUGUAUAUGGCUCUGGUCUGACUGGCUUAACUGGAACAACUCCACCUGUAUAUGGCUCUG